AUGAGUGAAGAAACAACUAACGAGCGUCCUUUGACCUCCAUUCCUUACCACGAACUCGGAGCAGUGCAUCCAGACCAAGGUGUUGUUGGGCCUACAGAAAGGUAUUACAAAUGCGGUGGUGAAAAGGCUGCCGAUCUCUUGGCAAUGUGUAUUGGUCUGAAGACAUUUGACCUACGUGAAGCUGGCAACGUGGAAGUGGAGCCCUACUGCUCCAUGAAAUUGAAGAAGAAGCAUUUCUGUGAGGAGAUCCGCCGCCGCUGCAUCCUAGAGGGCAUUGUUCCUGGACCGAAGUGUGGCAACUGGGAAAGGAAGAAGUGUCUUGGGUGGCUGCAGGCCCAUCCACUCCAGAACCAUAACGAUCGAUCCAUCCGUGAAAAGUUCCUUGAGAUGCACAGGCUGGGUGACAGAGAGGAGUUAGAUGCUCGCAAUUCAGAAGACAGGCCCGAAACGGUAUAUGAAUCAGUUGCCCGUUUAUUCAAUGACAAUGAGCAUGAGGUGUUCUCUCGCUGCUUACCUGAUCUUCACUUUUCAUUUGCUGAAGUCUUGGAUUGUUCUUUCGAACAUAUGCCGGGGGCCAUAACUCCUGAUGAGGUGAAGCGCCGCUGGGGUGACUGUCGUGCCAAGUUAAUCAAGAUCAUCGCGAAAUGGGAACUCAGUGGAAAUGGAUUUGGCCAGCGUGUUCAGGAAGAUGAGGAGUUCGGUCAUCUUGGAGAAGAUUUGUUGCAGUGCGGUGACAACAGGGCAAAUUUCCUAGACUCCCAAACCAAGGAGCACAUUCUGUACUUGUGGCAUGUUUCCGAUGACCAAGAGAUUCUGAAGAAUGUAAUGUCGGUUAUCUCUGAAUCUUGUGCUGCCAGUACAGUGGCCUGUUCCUCGGUCGCUCCGUCGGAUAAUGCCAGCGCUCGAAAGAGGAAGGUGGAUGAAAGAGCCCUUGGUUUCUUCCGUGCAAAGAUGAGCCUUGCCAUGCACACCAUGUCGCGUGCGGCUAUCUGGAAGGAACUCCGCGAGACACAAGAGAAACUUUUCGAGUCCCAGCUCAAAGUGAUGAAAACAAAGAGCACCACCUUGAGCGAGUUGUACAUGGGACGCAUCCGUAUGCUUGAAGCCAACUGCACAGCCAUCCAGGAAUGCCUUGAUACCUUGGAUUGCGAAGAUGCGUUGGAGCCAAAAAAGAGAAGAAGAAGACCAAGCGAGCAGUUCCUUUUCAAGUGA